CACAGCAGACUUCACUGCCUUAGAAUCAGACGUUCUGAGGGUGUUCACUGCAUGCUAAUAUUUUCCAGGCUUUGUUUUGUUUCCUGGAGGCUGUAUCUUUUUUUUUGGAGAAGAACAGAAUGAAUAAAAGUUUCUUGGACUUCCUUGUUGGGGAGGUACGUUAAGUAAAAGAAAGCUGAAUCUCGGUACCAAACAUCUACAGCAAAGACACUGAUCUGAUUACAAACCAUGGAUGAUUUAAACCCAGAGGACUACGAGGACUAUUAUAAUGCAGACGGACUUGAGGAAUUUGGGGUCUGCAAGAAGACACAUGUUAAGGAAUUCAGCCACGCGUUUCUACCUGUGUUCUACUCCAUUACCUGUGCGCUGAGCGUUAUCGCCAAUUUAACCCUUCUAACGCUGUUCAUCAAAUGCAGAGCUCUGAGGAAGGUCUUGCCUCUGCACAUGGUCAUAUCGGAUAUCCUUUUCACACUGAGCCUUCCCUUCUGGGCCGUGUAUGCCGGCAGCAGCGAUUGGAUCUUUGGUAAUGUAGGUUGUAAGACAAUCACAUUGGUUUACAUGGCGAGUUUGUACAGCAGCAACCUUUUUGUUUGUAGUCAGAGCUUGCAGAGGUUUUUGGAUUCUGCAUGUGUCGUUUCUGCCACCAGCAUUUUCAAAAGGGCAAAUAGGAAUACUAUCACGUGCAUUUUGGUGUGGCUGUUCUCGGUUUUGGGCGCAGCCGCUCACGUCAGCUUCGUUGGGACGCAACAUUUCAACAACCAGUACAUUUGCACUUAUCACUUCGACGAUAAAGUCGGUUGGAAAAUCUAUACAAGAUUUCAGAUGAACAUCCUCGGGUUCGUCGUACCGUUUCUAGUGCUCCUGUUUUGUUCCAUCAGAGUACCAUGUGUCGCUGAGUUCAGGAGGGUUCUCAAGGUGUUUAAACAUGAAGCUGCAUUCACCGUCGUGUUUUUCCUCCUCUGGUUCCCCUACAGUCUGGUCAUUUUCCUGCAUGCUUUGCAAGACCUUCACAUUUUUUUUUCAUGCACCGCUAACAUACGCUUUGACUUUGCCAUUCAUGUGACAGAAUGCAUUGCCUUCACGCAUGUUUUCAUCAAUCCUGUUUUGUACAUCUUUUUAAACAAAAAAGUCUGGCAGCGACUCAGAAACGGCUGCAGAACCUCAAGGGAGUACCUGCUCCAGGAAUCCAACACUUCAUCUGUCAUAUCAAAUCAGGGUGGAGCUAUAGAGAUGAAGGCCGUUCAGCGAUAUCAAGCUCAUGACCUGAUCAUUAGUGCUGAACGACCUAAUAACUUCUUACCCAAGCCAAUGUAAAAGCUUCAUUUGCUUACACUUCAUAUUGACAGCCCACUUUAGACAUUCUACUAACUGCAAUUAACUUUGUAACUACACGUGAACUCAAUCUAACUCUCUGACUUUCUCAGACCCUGUGAGGGGUCAAAAUGUAAAAAAAAUAUUGUAUAUCACCAUUAUGUUGUUAAACUAAAAUACUUGCUUAUGAAUUCACCCUGCUUUCAGAGAUAUCAGUUCACCCAGUGGUCUUUCCCCAACAUUCUUAUCAUGAAGAUAACGGUAGCCUUGACCCUUCACCCUUCGGAUUAAAAAUUACUCUGUUAGACCCGAGGUGCACAAUUAAACAAUGCUCAAUGGAUAUUUAAUCUUUUUUAUCUUCUAAAACGUCAGUGAAGUUAGGAUAGAUGUGAUGUCUUGAUACCAGAAUCAAAAUCAGAAGCAGAAAGUGUGUGCCAAGGAAUUUGUCUUGACAGCGAAGCACACAUUCACAUUUAAAUACAAAAAACAAGGCACAACUGCACUGUUGGAUUAAAAAAAAUGUUAUUUAUGUUUUUUAUUUAAAAGAAACAAUUAUGUUUUUCACUUUUACCAACGCUGCUAAAUGUAUGUAAUAUUUUGUUAUAUUAUGCAGUAUAUUUUGCUUAUAUUGUUAAGCAAUAACGUGGUAACAGACUUUGUGUACUGACCAGGAUUUAUUGUAAUGAGUUAUCAUUUUUUGACAUUAAAUGGUAUUAAAUAUUUUAA